CUUCACCGCCCAUGUGAAUCGAGGAAGCGAAGAUGGCAACGUCCCAGAAACUGGAGGAACAUUUCCUCACAUGCACCAUAUGCACAGAGGUGUUUGACAAACCAUGCACGCUUGUGUGUUAUCACACAUUCUGUCGGAAAUGUGUCGUCAACUACACCAAAACAAAACCAGAAGCCAUCAGUGCCAAGUCUCUUCUCUGUCCCUUCUGCAGCAAGAUGACGAAAGUGUCUGAGCCUGAUGACAGACCAGUGGAGGAAUGGGCGGAUGCCGUCAAGCCAAGUGUUGUCAUCCAGGGACUGUUGGACUCGUUUGGUCCGGCAUCUAGAGAUACAACAAACUGCACCUGGUGUCACGCAGAAGGGGAGACAACUCCUGCAUCUGUAUGGUGCUCGGUGUGUGACGAAUCCAUGUGUGACCGAUGUGCCAGAAUGCACAAACGUUUGCCUUCUACUCAUCAUCAUGACGUCCUUGACCUUUCUGGCGAGAUCAGUAUCCCCCGGAGGCGAAAAGUCAUGUGUAAUGAACACAAGGAGGAAUGCGUCAAAUUCCUUUGCAAAGACUGCAAGAAAGUCACCUGUCAAACCUGUUGUAUUAUCUAUCACAGAAAAUGUGAGUCGGUUGUCACACUUGCGUCGGAACUGCUUGUUUUAACAUCCAAACUGCUGAUUGAGAAGGAAAAUCUUAAAAAGAAACAAAUCCUUAUGGAAAAUAAAGUCGAUACAGUUAAAUCAAAUGUCAUCACUGAGAAAGAUCGAUAUGUGCAAAUGGAAUCGAAGAUCAAGUCUUCCGGAAUCAAGGCGAGGGAGACAAUCACUUUUAAGGAAAAUAAACUUUUAGAUGAACUGAAAGAAAUCUCAGAUAGGCACAUUGAACAGUUGAACGCAGACAUUAAGUCUGCGGAAAUAUCAGUACAGAUGUACCGACAACAGGCUGAACUGAUUGACCAGACUCUACAAUCUGAAUGUGACAUGGAUGUGUAUGAGAUGUACCAGGGAUGUGAUGCCGGUGAUGUGGAGGAUGUCGUACACACAGACUUAGAGAAGGGAAGAAUAGCCAGGAUCACGUUCAGACAGAACUCGGACAAGCUGAGUAGAGCACUUGACGAUCUACAGCUGGGUGAGAUAGACGUUCUGUGUGACGGUGUGUUGGACCUGACGGGUACACCUGUGCUACGGGACACGAUCACCGUCACUGUAGCAGGAGAUAGAAAUAAAGCGACGUCUCGUGACGUGACAGCACUAGUGAUACAUGAUACACAUACAGUUGUAACUAUUGAUCCAACCAAUAAGUGUGUGAAGUCUUUCUAUACCAGAGAUAAUCAGUCAUGCCACAGCAAGCUCAGUCUGCACAUCCACCCGUUGGGUCUGACAAAGAUACAACACAAUCAAGUGGCUGUCACUGUAAACAAUGAAACAAUCAUAACGAUUGAAGUCAACCCUGACCUGGUGAUGCUGUCAACCAUCACAACAAACAAACAGUACUGGGGUAUAACAUCCCUGACCCCAUCAACACUUGCAGCAGGUUCCCCUGUCUCCUCCCUGUGUGGAUAUUCUGGACAUGACAGGAAACGUGCUGAGGUCAGUCAGCCCACUCUGUAGUGGAACGAAGAUCCUGAAAAAUCCCGUCUUUCUUUGCACCACAAGAACAGGUAACAUUCUUGUGUCCGACUUUGGUUCCCAGCGUGUCUUAUGCCUGACACCAGAAGGGGACGUUGUGUUCACCUACCCCCCGAAAGAACACACACAACACAGGUGCAUCCUCUGGGGAUCACAAGUACCAGAACAGGUGACAUUCUGGUUGCUCUGCACUCUCAGAAUAAUGUGGUUCAUCUGACUGAGUCAGGCCAGUUUGUCAGGAACUUACUUACAGAAGGUGACGGUGUGGAUCGUCCGUACGGAGUUUAUACAGAUGGAUUUGGCCGUGUUUAUGUUUGUUAUGACUUUUCAUGUGACAUCAAAGUAUCAAACAAUUGAAGCGACACAGAACCAUUGAUUCAUGCUAAAGCCGUAUUCCACCUGUAAAUGUGAUGCUUAACAAACUGCAAUGUUUGACUGGUGCACAUGGAUCAUAAGUGAAGCAUAGACAUUAACCCAUACGCUACUAUAACAGAUGCUGUUCCAAGUCAGUUUUCACACAGUGAAGGGAAUCGAAGCCGAAUCUUAGGCGUGACGAGCGAAAGCUUCCACUACUCUCC